AUGAGUCUACGAGACUACUUCUCCGAACCGUCUCCGUGGGAUCUGCUCAGCGUCUCCUACAACCCUGACGCCCGAUACGCCUUCGUCAAUUUCAGCUCCGAGUCCGCGCGCCUUUCGGCAAUCAGGCAAGCAGCCUCUCGACUCUUUGACGGCAGACGCUUGGAUUGCCGUAUCCGGCAAGGGUCCAUGAGCAGGUCGACCAAAGUAAACUACGGACUCAACAACAUCAGGGGACCGCUGAACCGAUCAAGCUCGAUCUGCUGUGACAGGGCGAAAAGCCUAUGGGGCAAAGUCGAGGAAUUCUCACACUUCCCCGAGGCUGACAGAUCGUCAUGGGGGAUGGAGAAGUACUUCAUCAUCAAGAGCUUCUCGCUAGAGGCCCUCUACCAGAGUCUCGAGACUGGUCGAUGGCAUGUGCCGAAGCGUCACAUUGAGCGAUUGAACCAUGCAUUUCAGACAGCCAGCAAAGUGUACUUGAUCUUCUCCGUGAACGGCUCCGGCUGUUUCUUCGGCUACGCAACCAUGCGCUCGGAGAUUCAAGUUGACGAAGAUGACCCCGCCCUAGAUAGCGACGAAGUCCACAUAUCCCGACACGACUGCGACGUUGAUGACGACUCUGGAUCCAGCCAGGCGGAGGCCGAAAGCUACUUGCAGCCCACACCGAGGUCGAGGACGGAAUCGCUUGCGUCGUCCGACUCGUCGUCAUCCUCAUCCUCGUCCUCGUCCGGCUCGAUCGUCUACCAGCCUGAGCGACGGAGAAUAAUAUGGGCGGCGUCGUGGCCUCGGAGGACCAUUAGAGAGUUCACGUCUCCAGAGGAACACCCGCCCGCGUCAGUAGCACCAUCACCAGCAGCAGUAUCGAGUUCAUACUUCACUAACGAAUCAUCAACACAAUCCCAGCCCCUGGCAGAACCGGCACCUCGGGACACCACGAUCCAAUCACCUCCCUCCCGACAUCCGUGUCUGUCUUCUGCAGAGUCCAUCCUCAACCGCCUCUGCCCCGGGGAGCACCGCGACACGUCCUUCCUCGACCGCUUCAGCAGCCCGUGCCCGAUCAAAUGGCUGUCAACGCAAAGCCUGCCGUUCAGCGCGGUCCGCGGCCUGACGAACCCCUGGAACGACGACAAGGAGGUGCACAUCGCGCGUAACGUCACGCCCGUGGAGCCGGGCGUCGCGGCUGCGCUGCUUGGGUGCUGGGGUGCGGUGGCGGCGAAGGAGGGGAAGAAGACGGGAACGAGGGAAAUGGUUCGCGGCGGGCAGUUUGGCUGA